AACUAUCUCAUCACCACCGCUCGAUUGGACACUAGAUCUUCCUUUCCGCCAUUCCAUAUGUCGUCUGUUCCUCUUCGUUCCUCUCAUACUCGAUCCAUGAGCAAAUCCCCACAACCAGCCACUUGUUCCCCUCUUUCAACUGUUCCACCUUCUCCCCUACCCACCCAAACUGAUCUGCACAUCCCGGCAUACUAUGACCCUGCUAGUGGGGAUUAUACGCUAGCACAUGUCAACAUGUUAGUGAUAGAACUGGUUCGCUCAAGUGACCCUGCUAGUGGGUGUUAAACGCUAGCCAUGAUCUAUAGAGGAGACAUCUAUUUCGUUCCUGUAAUGUAUCCGUUUUUCAUGAUUGCACUUGUUGGCAUGCUAUAAAUUUAUUAAGGGUACUCCAUAUUUUACUUACUGAGUUUAUCUCAUAAUUUUUCCUUUGUCCACUAUUUCAAGUAGUAUGACCCGAGACAUGAAAAUCAAGGGGAGUGACGAGCUAAUUGGCUAGCUAUUGCAUUUGGAUAUAGAUUUUGAGUUUAGAUUGUCCUUGUAAGUUAGAUUCAUUAUUUUGAGUUUAUGUCAUGUUGGACAUAGAUUUAUGGAAUAUAUUAUCAUUUUUGGA